AGGCUUCUUGUUAAAAAGAGUAUAUCUAUUCGGCCAACCGGUCAUAUUUUGAUCUUUAUAUAUAGUUUAGAAGUUGUCUGUUAGAAACACCAAAUAAUCACUUGUAGCAACCGAACAGAAUGGGUUCCAACUCCAUAAUCCUUCCAAAAAUUGAUUUUUCUGAUUCUGAAUUGAAGCCAGGCACAGAAAAGUGGGCUUCUAUUCGAUCCAAAGUCUUGGGAGCACUUGAAGAAUUUGGUUGCUUUGAAGCCGCAUUUGACAAAAUUCCAAUUGAAACUCGAAGAUCACUUUUUGAUGCUUUAGAAGAGCUCUUUGAUCUGCCUUUGCAAAUCAAAGUUAGGAAUUCAUCUAAGAAGCCAUUCCAUGGAUAUGUGGGACAAUAUCCCCAGGUGCCACUCUAUGAAAGCAUGGGAAUUGAUGAUGCUAAUUUGCCUGAAAAAGUUCAAAGCUUCACUGAUCUCUUGUGGCCUGAAGGGAACUCAAACUUCAGCAAUACUUUGAAUUCUUAUUCAGUGCAACUAUCUGAGCUAGACUUGAUGGUAAGAAGGAUGAUAUUGGAGAGCUUAGGCUUAGAAAAGUACAUGGAAGAACACAUGGAAUCAACAAACUACCUUCUUAGAGUCAUGAAAUAUAAAGGGCCUCAAACAAGUGAAUCAAAGCUUGGACUCAAUGCCCAUACUGACAAGAACAUACUCACCAUACUCCACCAGAAUCAAAUUCAAGGUUUGGAAGUUCUCACAAAAGAAGGUACGUGGAUUGAAGUCAAACCUUCUCCAGAUUCGUUCAUUGUCAUGAUUGGGGACUCUUUUCUUGUAAGUGCUUCAUCUCUCCUUUUUUUUUUUUCUUCUUUUAAUGUGUUCCCUAUUUGGUAGAUCUUGUGUUACGACAAAUUUUGGUUAAGUGGGACAUUUUGAAUGGUUGAAUAUAAAGAUACCUUUUAUAUGAUAUGAUAUAGUAGAAUUUAAAAGAAAGAUUAAGUGCAGCUAUAUAUCCAUCUAGUUAAUUAGUACUCAAUCUGCCCAGAAUUAUUAAUAAUCACGACGUACAAUCAUUUCAUGACAAUGAGAAUAAUAUUAUUAUCUUCAAUCAUAUUUUUUUUGAAAUAAAUCAGCACGACGAAGUCAAGCAAAUCCUCACGAUGUUAAGAAAGAAAAAUGAUAAGGAUUUAGUAAUUUUAUCGAGUUAAAUAUAACAAUAAUGAUGUAUGUGUUACAUCAAAGUAUAAAAAUUCAGGAUACCUUUUUCAAUAUUAAUCAUCCAUAAUUAAUGAUAGUCAAUCCAAUUCGAUCUCAAGCUAGUCACCUAUAAGAAGAAGUCACUCUAAGGUAAUUUCAUGUUUUUCUUUUGCAAAUGCUAGAUAUGGAUUGGCAAUCAUAUUAUAUAUCUAAUUUUGUUUUAACAGGCAUGGACAAAUGGUAGACUCCACUCUCCUUACCACAGAGUGAUGAUGACUGGAAAUGAAGCUAGGUAUUCAGCUGGGCUCUUUUCAAUUCCAAAGGCGGGUUAUAUCAUAAAGGCUCCGGAUGAGUUGGUAGAUGAAGAACACCCAUUGUUAUUCAAGCCAUUUGAUCAUGUUGAAUUCCUUGCUUUCUAUUACACAGAAGAGGGCCAGAAAUCUCAAUCUGCUUUAAAAGCUUACUGUGGUGCAUAAGAAUUUUUAGCAAGAAGAUGCAUCAUAUAUUAUGGAAUAAUAUGGCAUUUGUAACGAAUUUGAUUACCCUUCCGAAGGAAAGACAUCGCAAGUUUGUACUUAGUUGUGUGUGUGGCAAUAAGAGAUAUUUCUUUUCGUCCUUAUUAUAAGUUAUUUUGAUUUGUCUUAAAUUUUAUAUAGUAUUUUUUUUAUUAAAAAAAAAUCUUAAAAAUACAUUUU